AGUCUACGACCGACGAGCUGAUCUGAGUACCUACGGACGGCGGACUGGUCGAUCCUCCAGUACAGCUAACAGCAUGUCACUUCUAUUGCCGAUUCCCGUAUUGCGGUACAUCGAAACACACGUGGAUCCUCCGCGAGUCGUCGUUCACCAGAACAAGACGUGGAGCGUGUGUCUGUACGCCACCGCUAUCUACCUCCUACUAGUGUUCCAGGGUCAACGGUGGAUGAGGCACAGAAAACCAUUCAAACUAAGGAGGCCUCUCUUUCUAUGGAACGUUGGUCUAACAGUUUUUAGCAUUUUCGGAGCAUCAUCAAUUGUUCCCUGCGUCCUGCACUCGCUGUAUUACUACGGCGUUGAUUACACUGUUUGUCAUUCUAUAGGGACAAUCGUCCCUCGAAUCGGCAUCUGGUGCUACUUGUUCGGACUUUCAAAACUAGUGGAAUUGGGUGACACAGCGUUCAUUGUACUGAGAAAGACUCCGCUAUCAUUCCUCCACUGCAGGAGUCAUCUUCAGUGGUAUGAACUACUCUGUCCACUCGCUCAUGUACUCCUACUAUGCCCUGAGAGCCAACGGAAUUAGAGUUCCUCGCUGGGCAGCCCAGGCCAUCACUCUUCUUCAGUUGUCUCAGAUGUUUGUUGGAGUUUUUGUCACUCUCCGAGCUUUCUACAACGACAGAAGUGGGCGUGUCCCUGGCUGUACGGUUCCUAAUGAUCUCAUCAUCUUGGAAGUUGUAAUGUACAUUUCGUACGCUGUUCUGUUUCUUAAUUUCUUCUACAAGAGGUAUUGCUCACCGCCAGACAAUGGGAAGACAAUAGCAAACUGA